AGCUUUCUCCUCACGACCAUACUGUGCCUGCUGCCAACCUUCCCUCCUGUCUGGGCCCGUGCGAGAAGCAGCUGACCCCGCGUGUCCCGCAGAACAAAGCAGUCGAAUGCAAAAGCCUAGCGGCUAGGAAAAGCGCGCCAAUUCGAUUCAAAGUGUGGCGCCACCGUUUUCUGGUUCGAUGGACUGUCUGCUAGGGGAAUAACAAAUAUGUCUGCUGUUGUGUGUGGCUGACUGGCUGUUGCAGCUGCUGCUCUUCCGAUGCUGGUAUGAUGUUGUGAGGAGAGUCUCCGUGUUGUUUGUGUGCAUGCGAGAGUGCGGGCUGUGUGCCUGGCCGCAGUGAAGUGUUGUGGGGCCGUGAGAACUCGCCCAUGAAUGACAUUUGGCCAGCGCCCGUGUAUGGCCCGCGUAUUGCCCGCGGACGUGGAAACGUGUAGUCCGUGGAUGUUGACUAAGCUAGUUCGACGACUUGCCAGCAGUUGCAGGGUUUUCACGGCGUCUCCAGCCGCAGCAGGUGAGACCGUCAGGGCGGGGUCUUGGUGCUCCGAGAGCCGGAGGCGUGUUCGGGUGCUGCCACGAUAUUACCGUUGCCGCCACUGCGACAGUGCCCGUUCCGUCGACUGCGCUCUCCUUCCCUUUUGCUUCAUAUUACAUAUGUGUAUGUACAUAUAUGUAUAUGUAAUAUAUAAGUCGAGUACACUACGAUACUGCGUGUGCAGCUUUUAGUGUCUGUCCGUGUGCAUCUGCUCUGCGUCACCAGUAUCACUAUCGUCACCCUUUUAGUACGUAUAGUCGUUUCUGUCUGUUACGUGAUGCUGAAUCCGCGUGGAUAGUCAAUGAUAGCAAAUGAUGGUGUACAUGACGAACCAGUGAUUAGUGUCCGUCGCUUCGCGGUUCGCUCAAUCAAUCCAUUGGUCGGUCGGUCGCUAGCUCGUUCGUCGGAUGUUGAGCUGGUCGGUCGGUCGGUCGGUCUGUGUGUAUGUGUGUGAGUAGGUAAGAAGAAACGAACUACAUUAUGCCGUGUAUGGUGUUGAUUUCACUGCGACCGCUGUGGUCGUCGUAAAAAAGGCAACUGUCUCUUCUUUCGAGUAUCGUAGUAUCUCGACUAUUCUAGCUCGAAUAGAUACAACGGUUUCUACUCGUAAUGCGACAAAAUGCUGCAGCCAGCGAUGAGUCGUGCUGCUCGAGAACGCUCUUGAGUGGAUGUACUAUCGCUACGGUUUAGAUCCUGCUCAGUGCUGCUGCUGGCGCCGUUCUGGAAUACAUGCCGAUCCGAUCUCUUCAGCCGUAGACUAGGGAGCGUAGCUGCGUAACUGUAUCGUGUCACUAUACGUGCCAUCACAUCAGUUGAUUCCAUUUUACGUUGGCCAUACUCAUCGUUAUCAUCAACGCCAUCAGCACUAUUAUUGGUGUUAUCGAAGCCAUCGUCGUCUUACCGGACUGGCUUUGCUCUUUGGUAUCGCUGCUAUGUGUUUUCGUGCGUGCGUGGGCGGGUAUGUUUUUUGCUGUGCUGCUAGCGCCGCCGGCGCUGCUGCUGCUGCUGUUUGAGUGCGAAGAUAAAGGAGAUUGAUUAAUGGUGGGCAAAUCGAGAAGUGUGGCGGUCGGUCUUGCAGCACCGUGUGCAUGUGUGCUUCUACAGUUGCAACCACUACUAAUACUACCACUUGUACAACUAUUAUUUUGGUGCUAUAGCAAACGCUGUCCUGUUGGCCGCUGCUGGUGUUACCGCGGAUUGGACUUUCAGCGCAAUCGCCAAUCAGUGUCAGGAUUCAGACGGCGCUCAUUUCGCUAUUCGUCAGCAUUUCUGCGAAAAUUUGGAUACCUAUUUAGGAAUUCGGCUAGGGACAGUGAGGCGGGAAAGCACAGGACCAAAAGCAAAGACAAAGAAACGUUUCGUGGCCGCGAGCGUUCUCCUGCGGAUCAACGAGAUUCAGCUCAAGUGAGCGGCAGCUGGCGUCGGAACUGGCAAGGAGCUAGUGGUGGCGACACCGAAGAUACUAAACCGCGCGCAGAUAUCUUGCUCAGCCGGCAAGACGAUUCACCCGACGGGAACCCCGUCAGUUUUAGGAGCGACGACCGCACUACCGGAGAUUGGAACGCGUCGUCGUCGGCGAUUCGCUGCAUUGGUCGUGAUAGCAGUGCUGAGGGGUCUACGAAGGCAGACAAAGUUGAAGCGGCAGGGGCUGGCUGGGUUGACUCGUCGUGUCGAUUCGACGGUGCCGCUGGUGACGGUGGCGUCGACAGCGGGCUGGUGGUCGUUAUCGAGGGCGCAGGUCGCGCGAUGGACUCGGAGGUGAGCAGUAGCACGGGCACGCCGUUCCGCGGACGCCGGCUACCGGGCCCAUUAGACACUUCCACACUCGGCACUUCGACACCGUCGCACAUGUCGCAAUCAGAAGCCAAAACGCCGACAACGUCCACGACGGCGCCGCUGACGCCCGUCGGCGAACGUGGCCCAGUGCAUGGCGGGACAGGAGAACGCGGCAUGCGGCCAGGCGAAAAAGAGAAGCUCGGUCAUCGACGAAUCGACGAUGAAGGUAAAGUUACCUUCAAGAAGAUUCACUCGUCCACCAUCAUCGAAUCCAUUCAGCUCGGCAUCGGCUACGCUGUGGGAAGUCUCGCGUCCAAGCCGGAACGAGACCUACUCAUGCAGGACUUCGCGAUGGUGGACAAUCUCGAUUUUCCCAGGGAGGGAGGCUCCAUGAGCCCAGCACAUCACCAUGACUCAUUCAAAUUCAAGGCGUACUCACCAGUGGCGUUUCGAUAUUUUCGGGAUCUGUUCCAGAUCCCUCCAGGAGAUUUCCUGCUAUCACUCUGUAAUGAGCCAAUGCGGGAACUCAGCAAUCCAGGAGCAUCAGGCUCACUAUUUUACGUGACAGCCGAUGACGAAUUUAUUAUUAAAACGGUAGCACAUGUCGAGGCUGAUUUUCUUCAAAGCCUUUUACCGGGCUAUUAUAUGAAUCUACACCAGAAUCCUCGGACGUUGCUACCAAAAUUCUUCGGCUUGUAUUGCUACAUUGCUAGCGGGAAAAACGUCCGCGUCAUUGUGAUGAACAACCUCCUGCCAUCAAGCGUGCGAAUGCACCAAAAAUACGAUCUUAAGGGAUCGACGUACAAGAGGAAGGCGAGUAAAGCGGAGAGGCAGAAAAAAUCGCCGACAUUUAAAGACCUUGACUUUAUGGAACACCAUCCAGAGGGAAUCCUGCUCGACGCACAAACCUACGAUGCACUUAUCAAUACAAUACAACGCGAUUGUCGAGUGUUGGAGAGUUUCAAGAUCAUGGACUAUUCAUUGUUGCUUGGUAUUCAUAACAUCGAUCAGGCGGCGCGUGAAGCAGAGGCUGCGGAAACAACAACGGCGGCUGACGGAGCCUUUGCAAGGGCGCUCGCGUCAACGACGAAUGCCAUGACAACAACAACAACAACAACAGCGGCAGCUAGUGUUAACAUUCCGCGAUCCAGAUCAAUGAACCGCGGAAGGCUGGCAGCCUUUUCAACCGCCAUUGAGUCAAUCGAUCACGACGACAACUCGCCUCCAGGUGGUAUUCCCGCAACAAACUCUAAAGGAGAGCGUCUGCUAUUAUUUAUCGGCAUCAUCGAUAUUCUUCAGUCGUAUCGACUUCGCAAAAAGCUCGAGCACUCGUGGAAGGCAUUGUUGCAUGACGGUGACACCGUGUCCGUCCAUCGGCCAGGUUUCUAUGCUAAGCGUUUCCAAGAAUUCAUGAGUCAGAAGGUAUUCAAGCGUAUGGCAUCCCCACUAAAACAUACACCUUCAAAGCGUAAUCCAAAGCUCCUUACUGUGGUUCGUAGAGUGAUGCAAGAGAAGCACGACAUGCACUCAGACAGUCAGGCGGUUUCCGUAGACGCACUGCAAACACAGCAACAGAAGGGCAGUAUGGCACCACCGUCGACGCCAGUACCCCAUCCGGCCAACAAGGAUGUCACGAACUUGUCCGGCGACUCGGCGAAAGAGCAACGAAUGGAGGAGUUGGACGGAAUCACGUCGGGUCACGUCAUAAUGAAUGUAGCUCAGUCAGGGUAUUACGGGGCAGGUGACGUGCGGAGUGAGAUACGCACCGAAACAACAGAAGAUAACAAAGGAGAUCGCGACGGAAUGACUAGAACGGGUACUCACGCAGACGUGAUUGAAAAAACCGAAACAGCCAACAACGGAGGCGCCAUUACGACGAUGACUGUUACGAAAGUUAGCACUGUACAACCUUCGAAGGAGACUACUAAAAUGUAAGGAGACACGUAAAAAAAGGAGGCAAAGAAGGUCUGUGGAAGUAAUAGACGAACAUCUCGAAGACCACGAUAAUAAUCAUUAUCCGAAUAAUUCCACAGGCAGACAGAAAGGUAGUCGCUGGGCGCAUACUACUGGGGUGUGCCAGCUUAACCCGAAGCAUUCGGGACCCUUCGUUGGCAACAAAUACAAGCUACGCUUGUGUGUGUGAGUGCGUGCACGUGCAUUUGCCGCUAUACUGUAUAACGAUAUUACGACUAAAUAACCUAUUACUACGUUACCUAGUUUGCUCAUCGCUCAAGCUUAUGCAUACUAAGCGAACAGUGGACGGUGCUUUGUCUGUUGGAACGGCAGAAUAUUGACCCGCACAUUGUAGUAGGCGGGUGAUCUGGGAGAUGGGUUUAGUCGAGCGCUUGAGGCGGCGACAGUGAGAUGGGUUUGCGGUACACUUAACUUGGGACUCUGCUUACGAGCUGCUCACGAAACCACUAAAGAUACUCAGCUUCUUUCUGCAUUUCAUUCUACAAUAUCAUUCUACAUCAACUACUUAUUCACCCGCAAUUUACGUUGCUUUUCCACGAUGAUCAGCUUGUUGAGACAGGCCACGUUGGUCGCGUGUUAAGUGCCGUAGGCCAUCGCGCAGACAGCUAGGCAGGAACCUGUAUAGAGAAAACAGCAAGAGAGAGGAGUAGAAGUAGUGUAAACUAAUGAUAAUGGUCUGGCGUCGAAGGUCAAACGCUACUGAUUGCGGAUCAUGAUGAAAAUCGUAUAGUCUAAAUGACAAUGCCGCGAUAGCUCCGGUCAUGUUUUCCUGUGAGCGUAAGUGUGGUAGCAUGCGUGCUAAUAAUAAUGCGAUUGGACCCAUGAGCACUUGAGUAUGCCGAGUACUUGUGAAUAGCGCGUGUGUGUAUUCAUCGAAGCGAAACGAAGCACUCCAUGACAAUACGACAACAGCUGAAAAAAUGGAGGACAUCUACUUAGAGAAACGAAAUGUAAAACGUACUUCAGAUGGACAGGACCAUAAUAGGGCUUGUUUAGAGGUCUAUCACUUCUCAAUGUUGACUAGGUCGAUGGACGGUAUGAAAACUCACAAACCGCAGACCGUGAAUAUAUAUCACGAAGAGUCGAGUAACUAUAGCACAAUGGUGAUGAGUAUAUAAUAAUAACGCGCUGCGUUCACGAAGUGGAGGAGGCGUUGUUUUUAUCUUGCCCUCUCGUACUGAUCAGCAAUGGGAGGGAGAGGGGCACACUGUAGCGAUCGACGCGAACGAUAAUAUUCCGAUAAAAAAAAAUUGUGUUAGUAGGAGGCGUUUCUCUAGGGUCUCCCAAUGACAGCGAAAGCCUACCGCAGUAACAGAAAGCAAUGGGAAGUUCCAGUAUAUAUAUAUAGUGGAACAUACACACACGGUGUGAACUUAGCUGUAGCUUGCAAUGAAAACGAAUGACGGUGCGUCUAGCAAACGAUAUGGUACUGCCGAAACGGAGGGUCGAAAUGAAAUAAUGGUAAAUAGCAAAUACGAGAUAAGGAUAGAACGAAAAGAAAAAGAAAGAAAAAAAGUUGUGAAAACGUAGCGGCGCGUAUAAAAAAUAGAAGAUAAUACGUAAUAUAACGCAUACAUAGACGCAUAAUAAACAAUAAUAAGAAUCAUAAUUAUAGAGUCAUAGGAAUAUGAAGGGACUCGAUUUAAAGGGCUAUACAUGAUGAUGACGUCGACGGCGAAAAGGACAGUGCGAAGAUGCGGUAGAUGCAGAGCACAUACAGUUAUCUCUCAUAUAUAUAUAUAUAUAUAUAUAUAUAUAUAUAUAUAUAUAUAUAUGUGGCGAAUAUAAGUAGAUCCCGAAAGACUAACGAGGUAGACAGAACAAAAUAAAAGAAUGCCCUUAAUUAGUUGACGUGCGCUGUUCUCGAUUCUGUAGGGCACGCACGACGCGUCACGCGUUUUCUCAGUUGGCGAUCUCGGUUGUCAUGAGUUGUCUGACAGCGCCGGCCACGUACCACUCAUCGGUUGGGUUUACUAUCAGCAAACGGCAACACGUUGGGGGAACGUUGGCAACAAUAGAAAUCUGGUGGAAUAAAAAAGGAUAAGCAUUUGGUACGAACAGAUUUUUUUAAUGAUACAGUGAUUUUGGUCCGGUGAGCUACGUCUUGUUCGGCAGUCAUUGAUUUACACGCACAUAAAGGCACGUAUGUAUACAGUCUACAGUAAAUCACAAUGCACAGUCGCUGAGUGACUGUGUCACAGGGAAACAAUUGUAAAUUUCUGUCUAAUAACCUACUAAUGAUCGAAAUUUUUUUCAUUUUUACCUUGAGAAUGUAUUGGACGGCGGGUGUGGCAUUGCUUGUAAACCACAUACGCCUUGAUUAAUUGCAAAAUGAGCCGACUGAUGGUGGUGAUGGCCGUAAGAAACGUUGAUUAAUGCUUGAAAUGAACAAACGUAAUUGAUUGUGACAUUGUCGAGUGGACAUGAUAGGGACUUGUCUGUCUACGUAGUAUUAUCGAUCAUCAUUAUUGAAUUAUCAUGAGGUACUUGGUCAUGGAAAAGAAGCCUAAAAUAGAGAGCAAACGAGUCUUCGUACAGUAAAAUAGAAGCAAAUUUUAGCUUUUCUAAUUCACGAGAUCCACAGCGUUACUUGAACAGUAGCUGGCUCGCAGUGGAUGUAAUAGAUACACAGGGAGAGAUACCAAGAAGUAUGAAUAUGUACUUAUACGAGGGAAGAAAGGGGGCUAUAGGGUUGAAAGUGACCAUAAUUGGGUGACCGCUGGGAAACUGAUAUGUGUUAAAGGUAGACUGAUUAAUUGAUUGGUUGGUUGGUUGGUUGAUUGAUUGAUUGAUUGAUCACUGAGCAUUGAUUGUUCCGUUGCUCGUUAAGGGUUCAUUGAAGUUAGUCAGAAAAAAUAGUCUAUAAGCGCUGUUGUGGAUCGAAUGACACCUGCACUUGCUGGGUGCCCUAUACGUACAGAUACAUCGAAUGAAGUAUUAAUGGCAAAAUAUUAUGAGCAAUAGGGAGCGAGCAAAAAAGUUGCGGCUGAGAUAAAUAGAGGAAGAGAGAAAGGCCUGACAGACUGAAAAUAUCCAUCUGAGCCCUUGCUCUGUAAAUACCAUAUAGCGACAGAGACAACAGCAGUAACAACAACAACAACAACAACAACUGAACGAUCCAAACGAAUUAAGAGAUAUUUCACAUCAUAGAUAUACAAAUUUAUGUAGAAGUACAGACAAUGAAUAGAAAGGGGGAAAGGUAAAACAACGAGAUCGAAACAGCCAAAUUUGACAAUGCCGAAAAAUUACAUCAACCUAUUGAUCACCAACAGUGCCGAAAAAGACGGAAAUACAGUAAGAUCAUUAUGAGCAGCAGCAUCAUCAUCAUCAUUAUUAUGUGCAGCUAGAACACAUGCACACAUGCGUAUAGGCCUAAUACGUUUACAUUCACACAGGCCGCAAGUGCGGUCCCGAUGACGGAUAGGGUAUAAAAAUAAACAUACAAUUAAUACUGCAAGAAAUAAAUGAUUGUUUCGAAUAAUAGUAACAAUAAUAACGCAUGUAUUACGUAGGAGCAGACGACACCCAAGCGGCAGACAGAAUAGCAUAACAACAGCACUUACGACGACAACACCACCACCACCAUCAUCGAUAACAGCAACAAAAAGAAGAAUAUAUUACUGUAAAUAUUGUAUGAUAUUAAGUGUUGUUUAGGCGACAGCCGGAAGACCGUGUGGGCGUAACGACUGUCGCGUAUUAUUUUUAAUAAUGGCGAUGGACUCGAGGCGUCGGGAGGUCGCCUUAUCUCUUGUUUAUUGUCAUUAGUAUAAUUAAUGGAAUUAUUAUGACUGUUGUUAUUGUCAUCAUUACUACCAGUUUCCAACGGCCUCCGAUUCCAGUGGAAUGGGGAUUGGAACAGGAAUGAAUAAGAUUCAUAGGAUAGGGCUAAAUUAACCAGUAACACAACGGCAAGCAACAAAAACAAAUGCAAUAUUAUAAUAGAGGAAGACACGAUGAAUAACCCCCAACCAAGCGGGGAUGACGAUCCUUCAAAUUAAUUUUUUGGCUCAGGAUGAUAAUACUAGUAAGAGUUAUGGUUAUCUGUACAAACGAGUAAGAAGAUCGACUAAACAUGAGCUGGAAAAUUAUGCAAAUUGAAAAGGAGCUAUUAUGUAAAACAGUGAGCCCAACAGGAUUAGCCACAAAUGAGAAACUAGAGAAAAAAAUCCUUUUUAUCAACCAUAGUAAGCAUCGUACCAAAACAACAACAUGAAUCAUCGAAAAGAAAGAGAAAGAAAGAGGCUACAA